CCAACGAAACACUACAUAUACGCCCGCAACGGCAGCAGUCAGUCAGUAGAGACCAGAACAUCGUCUCGUGAACACUGGUCUGUUGCAACACUAACGAACCACAACAUUUUACGUUAUACAUAUUGUGCAUUUUACAUUCUACGCCCCAAGUUGUUUUAUGGGUGAACCGGUCGAAUCUUUUCAAAUAAUUUAAAGUGCGAGAAAAAACACCCACUCCUUCUUCCCUAAAUAUCUGUAUUUGAUUCAGAUAAAAACUAAAAUGACGAAUUUGAAAUAUUUGAUGCUGCACUUGGCCGCUGUGAUUGUGUGCGGCCAGGAAGUUAUACCUGACACGUCGAACAUCUGUUUCCUUCCUCCAACUACGGGAUUCUGCCUGGCUUACUUUACCAGAUUCUUCUACAACCCGGAGACACAUGCUUGCGACUGCUUCGUGUACGGCGGAUGUGAGGGCAACGAGAACAGAUUCGACACUCUGGAUGAGUGCAUGAGAACUUGCAACGUCUUACCUAGUCUGCAGGAAAAUACUGCCGAGUGUGACAGAGUCUUGGGACGCUUCAACCCACUGGCGAAAAAAGAGGUGUUGGACGCUAUCAAGGACUCUGUAAGGCCGACGCAGAUCCCACAGGAUCCUACACAUCCUUCAUACCUACAGCCAGCGCAACAAAUCCUUCAACCCGCGCCACAGAUCCUUCAACCUGCACCACAGAUCCUUCAACCAGCGCCACAGAUUCUUCAACCAGCGCCACAGAUCCUUCAACCAGCGCCACAGAUCCUUCAACCAGUGCCACAGAUCCUUCAACCAGCGCCACAGAUCCUUCAACCAGCGCCACAGAUCCUCCAACCAGCACCACAAACCUUACAGUCGCUUCUACAACUAAAGAGAGCGCUACCAAUUUAACGUGUGCCACUGACUCAGCAACCUUUACCGUAAGGCGAGCGGGUUCCAGCGGGCAUGUGGGAAGACAGCUGGUUCAGGAGGAUACGGAGCCUGGUAUUGGAUGACUCAGGUUCUAGGGUUGGCUCUCUCUACGUCGGUCAGCCGGCCUUCUUCACCCUGGAUCUUGACGAUGCUUUUCUCGUUCUACGAAAAACGUUUAAUAUAUGAUCUAUGAUACAGUAUUAUCAGAUCAAGUGGGGAAUUUUUAUAUUAUAUAUGUAUAUAUAUACUGUAUAUAUAUUAAGUUUUUGUAUAUUUUCAUUUCAGAAUGUAUAUUUUUUGAUUUUCAUAUAAAUUUUAUCUGUUGUGUCUUAACAGCACUGAUGUAUUUAAAUAUUUAUAUAAUAUUAUUGUGUAGCCUAUCCCGUAAACACUCCCUCAAUAAUUAAACACAUUUCCACCCUUUUCUUGGGGUUGGAACUGUAACUGUACAUGAAUUAUGUAUAUAAUUCUAUGUACUGUUCAUAAAAUAAAUUUUAAUGUACAUGAAAAUAAAAUUA